ACCAAGACCCCCUAAAGCCAGCACUUCUGGAACUAAACCCUCUCUCUCUCUCUCUCUCUGAUUUAAAUGUGCCACCAUCUACUUUUCUCUUCUCCAAGGGCAAUCUUUGCUUUUUGUGGAGCUUCAUAGUUACUCAAUUCUCGUCUCGACUCUCAACUCUCUCUUUAUUGCCCAUCUUCUUCUUUUUCUUCUCUUUCUGCUGUCACCCUUUUGACUGCUGCUUCACAUCUUGUCUGUCACUUGAGUUUCCAGUCUGAAACUGGGUUCUUGAGAUCUUUCAAGUCAUUUUAUUGCAUAGCGAGACCUCCUCUUCCCUCCAUGUGAGCUCUUGUCGCCAUUGUCGGGGUGGAAGAUCAUAUUACCAAAAGAAAGUUUUGAUCUUUGAGGUGUUGCAAGCUCUUUUCUGAAGUUAGCGUUUCUGCACAAAUGGGUGCUUCAGGCAAAUGGGUGAAAGCUCUUAUAGCUCACAAGAAACCCGAGAAAGAAGACCAUCAAAAGGGAAGCUCUAAGGGAAAGAAAUGGAAGCUAUGGAGGGGCUCAUCAGGAGAUCUGGGGUCUUCAUGGAGUACAUUCAAAGAGAAACACUACGCAGCAUCUGAGGGAUCUAACAGGGGUUCAUCACCACUUGCUAGUGCCUUUUCUGCUGCGAUGGCAACUGUUAUUCGAGCUCCUCCUAAGGACUUCAGGGUUGUGAGGCAGGAAUGGGCUGCCAUUAGGAUUCAGACCGCUUUCCGCGGAUUCUUGGCCAGAAGGGCAUUGAAGGCCUUGAAAGGAAUCGUGAGACUUCAAGCUUUAGUUCGUGGGAGGCAAGUGAGGAAGCAGGCGGCUGUAACACUGAGAUGCAUGCAGGCUCUUGUUCGAGUCCAGGCCCGAGUGAGGGCACGCCGUGUCCGAAUGUCCAUUGAGGGCCAAGCGGUGCAACGGAUUCUUGAUGAGCAUCGAAGCAAGGCUGAUCUCUUAAAACAAGCUGAGGAAGGGUGGUGUGACAGUAAGGGAACACUCGAAGAUGUCAAAGCAAAGUUACAAAUGAGGCAAGAAGGAGCUUUCAAAAGAGAGAGAGCAAUUGCAUACGCCCUUGCUCAAAAGUGGAAAUCAAAUGGCGAUUCAAAUUCCAGAUCACUUGGGUCAGUGCCUGCUCUCAAGUCUUAUGAGUUUGACAAAAACAGCUGGAAUUGGAGCUGGUUAGAACGGUGGAUGUCAGCCAAGCCAUGGGAGACCAGAUUGAUGGAGCAAUCCAAUUCCGAAGCCUUGGAAACAACUGCCGCUACGAAGACUUUCUCAGAUUCUCCUCUGGGCGCACAAUCAAAAUCUUCCGAACCACCUUGUGUUAAAGUUCGGAAGAAUAACAUGACCACUAGAAUUUCCGCAAAGCCUCCCCUAGCUGGACGUGCCACUCGGUCAUCCUCGAGCCCGAGUUCCGACUACCUCUAUGAUGAGAGCUCGCCUUCGUCUUCAUUCUGUACGCCUAUGACCCUGGCUUCAGGAAACAAUGGCUUGACAUCGGACAAAAUGGAUGGUGGUAGCUAUGGGAAGCCAAGUUACAUGAACUUGACCGAAUCUACCAAGGCAAAGCAGAAGACUGGAAGUCAUCUGUCGAGGAGGGUACAGAGACAAUCCAUGGAUGAGUUUCAGUUUCUCGCACUUACAGCAGGGUUAUGUGGCAAUGGGGAUUUCAAAAGCAGUGCUGGUUGCAAGCCCUCAAUGAUGAAUUUCUCGAGGCCACUUAAUCAGACGACCAGGUUGGAUAGGAAUUUGAAAGUGAUGGAGAGGGAGAAUUGCUUGUACUAUUAGAGAUUCAUGUAGUUGUCCUUCGUGCCUUUUGGUUUUCAUUUGUGGGUAAUGUAAGUUCAACAACUUGUUGGUUUCAAAGAGUUUAAAUUGACCUGUAGACAGUUCUUCCUGUAAUUUUUUCGCAUUUGAAGAUUAAGCACAAAGCAAACUGA